CUUGUAGUCGACUAUCAAACCGAAACCUAUCAAGAAAAAAUCAAAAAUGCAGCUCAUGAAUUACCUACACAAUCAGUUGAUUACGCCGUUAGUCUAUUUCCAAUAGCAACAUGGAUUCAUCGAUAUAAUAUUGCGUGGUUAUUACGAGAUUUGAUUGCUGGUAUUACCGUUGGUAUCGUUGUUGUUCCUCAAUCAAUGGGAUAUGCGAAAAUUGCUCAACUUCCUCCACAAUAUGGUUUAUAUACGGCAUUUGUUGGUCUGAUUGUAUAUUGUUUAUUCGCAACUUCAAAGGAUAUUUCUAUUGGUCCAACUGCUGUUAUGUCUCUUUUGGUUGGUCAAUCUAUCACUCAUAUCACUGCAACAAAUCCAAAUAUCACUGGUCCUGAAAUUGCUGUCACCUUAUCCCUAUUGACAGGUGUUAUUGCGAUGUUCAUUGGUUUGGUCCGCUUAGGUAUUUUGGUCGAUUUUAUUCCACUGACGGUUGUAUCAGGUUUUAUGACAGCUAGUGCCGUUACCAUCUGCAUAGGACAGUGGCCAAAACUCUUUGGUAUUAAAACUGUCAAUACUCAGGAUCCUACCUAUCUCAUUUUUGGCAAUUUCUUCAAAGAACUUCCCAAUACAAAACUAGAUGUUGCCUUUGGACUUUCUGCUUUGGUCUGGCUCUAUGGUGUUCGAUUCCUUUGUAAUUAUUUUAGCAAGCGUUACCCAAAAUAUGCCAGUUUAUUGUUCUACUUUAGUAUUACUCGUAAUGGUCUCGCCGUCAUCUUUGGUACCUUGAUUGCCUUUUUGAUAAAUAUUGGGAAAACAACAUCGCCUAUUAGUAUUCUCAAGACUGUACCUGCUGGCUUUCAAGCUAUGGCUGUUCCUCGGGUGGAUAGUGAUGCCAUUCAAGCAAUUGCUACUACUCUUCCUUCUGCUGUUUUAAUCCUUAUACUUGAACAUGUGGCCAUUGCCAAAUCAUUUGGUCGCAUCAAUGACUAUACAAUCAAUCCCAAUCAAGAAAUCAUCGCUAUUGGAUUCACUAACAUCUGGGCUUCUUUCUUUGGUGCCUAUCCAUCUACCGGUUCCUUCUCUCGUACAGCCAUUAAAGCACGCUCUGGUGUUAAAACUCCUAUUGCUGGUAUCUUCUCUGCCGUUGUUGUCAUACUCGCAUUAUAUGCCUUGACUCCUGCAUUCUAUUAUAUUCCUGAUGCCGUUCUAUCCGCUGUUGUUAUCCAUGCCGUUUCGGAUCUUGUUUCCGGUCCUUCUUAUUUGAAACGAUUAUUCCAAGUUAGUAUCUGGGAAUUAUUGGUAUUUGUAGUUUCGGUGGUGGUCACUUUCUUCACAACAAUAGAUUAUGGAAUUUACGCCUCGGUUGCUCUAGCCAUUCUGAUACUUUUGUUCCGUAUUGCACGACCUCGUUUCUAUUCUAUUGGACGUAUUCCUCUCUCAUCUCCUGCUCUGGAUCCAGCCUUGCAAUAUCUCUAUGUCCCUGACAAUGAUCCCGUACUUGGACAUUUGGCGGAACCUUUACCGGAUGGUAUCUUGAUGGUGCGUGUGGAUGAAUCACUAACAUAUCCCAAUUCGGCCUAUGUGACAGAUCGGAUUAUCUCUCAUUGCAAAUCUUUUACGCGUCGUGCUCAAGGUGUGGUGAACAAAGGUGAUCGUGCAUGGAAUGAUGAUGCCAAUCCAAUCAAGGAUGCUGCUCGUGCUCAACUUCCUCUUUUGCAUGCUGUGAUUCUGGAUUUUUCCAAGGUAGGCCGAUUGGAUUCAAGUGGUUUACAAGCUGUAGUGGAUGCUCAAACAGCAUUGAAUCGUUAUAGUGGUCAUCAUGUAGAAUUCCAUUUUGUCAACAUCACUGAUCCUAGUGUCCGUUUGAAUCUGAUUCUCGGUGGAUUCGCUACUCAACCAAUAACAAAUGAAAGGUCCUAUAAAAGUGAUGAUCGAAGCAAGAAUAUCACUGCCACUCAUCUCGAUGGUGUCAAUAGUCCUCGUUAUUCUCAUUCCUCUUUUGAAUCUUCUCAUCAUGUCUUCUCUUUGCCCAAAGAUCGUUAUGCUUUUUUCCAUUGGAGUGCCGAUGAUGCUGUGCGUGCUGCUGCUGCCUCUAACCGUCAAGAAAUUUAUGCUUAUCCUUCAACAAUUUGAUAUUCC